AUGGACGCCUUCAAGACUCUUCAGGACGAAGUCUCCAAGGCUCUGGUGUCUACCACGCGCUCUGCUUCCCGCGUCGGCAGCGCAGAUAUUCCCUUCCAGCGAUCUCUCAAUCCACAAGCAGGCGCGCAGCUUGAUGCUCAAAAUGCGCGCCUUCUCCACCUCGCGCAGCGUCUGCUUGAGAAUGCUGCAGCAAGCUCGGACGCUGUAGGUCCCAAGCUACCCGACAUCGAAGCCGUAGAUGGCAAUUGGAGGGGGGUUGUUGAUGUCAUCGACAGCUUGCUUGAAAAGGCCGAUAUUAGUCUGGAUGAGUAUACCGGUGUUGUGAAGCGCUUGAGUCCAGCAGGAGAGACAGCUGCCGCAACACCACGACCGAAUAUCGCAGACCGUAAAAUCAUACCAAAACCGCAACUACAGUUUGAAUAUGUUCCAACCAACGACGAGAGUGGUGGCUUCCGGCCGCUCGUGACGGCAAAGCCACAUGCGAAGAUCCCGCUGGAAAAAUGUCUUCAAACGUUCAAAGACAAACACGGUCGGGAACAAUACCCUCACCCAUAUCAGACCGAAAUCGAGACGUACGAGUAUCCUCCUUCCUUGUACAAGCAUGCCGAGCCGCAACGAUACGAACCCUUUGAAUCCACAACAGCCAUCUUCGUCGACACUCCUGAAGCGCUUGCAAGUAUGCUGGCUGAGCUGAAAACAGCAAAGGAGAUUGCCGUCGAUCUCGAACAUCAUGACAACCGAUCCUACAUUGGCAUAGUUUCCUUGAUGCAAAUCAGCACCCGCAAUCAGGACUGGAUAGUCGAUACAUUAAAGCCAUGGCGGAGGAAGCUUGAAUGUCUGAACGAAGUAUUUGCGAAUCCCGACAUCAUCAAAGUCCUGCAUGGUGCCUAUAUGGACAUCAUGUGGCUACAACGAGACCUCGGGUUGUACGUUGUUGGCCUAUUCGAUACAUAUCACGCAGCGCGGUCACUUGGAUAUCCAGGUGCAAGCCUGGCCUACCUGCUUGAUCGAUUCAUAGGGUUCAAGGCGCAAAAACAAUACCAGAUCGCGGAUUGGCGGAUACGACCUCUUGGGAAAGAGCUUUUCGAAUACGCGCGAGCGGACACUCACUUCUUAUUGUACAUUUUCGACAACAUGCGAAAUGAGCUAGUCGAGAAGUCUGACUUGUCCAACGUUGAGAAGAACAAGGUCAGGGAUGUUUUGGAGAAAUCUAAAGAAACUGCUUUGCAGCGGUAUGAACACCCCGUGUACGACGAAAAAUUCGGUCUCGGAACUGGCGGCUGGUACAAGCUGAUAUCACGCACGCCUGUUCAAUUCACGCCGCAGCAAUUCGCUGUUUUCAGAGCAGUGCACCAAUGGAGAGACGAACUCAGUCGGCAAGAGGAUGAGAGCCCACUAUUCAUUAUGCCAAAUCACGCUGUAUUUUCUGUGGCCCGAGCCAUGCCUUCAGACAAGUCCGCGCUAUACAAUGCAGUACAGCACGUUUCACACAUCAUCCGAGCGCGUGCAGAUGACCUGGUACGCGUCAUCACCAAGGCAAAGCAAGAAGGAGUGAAUGGUCCUGAAUUAAGUGCUGUUCUGCAGGCGAUCACCGACAUGAAAGAAGCGGAAUGGGCGGCCAAGUCAGAGACGAUCGAAGCACCAGCGCAGCCCAUAACAGCAGACCCGGCAGCCCAGGCAGUACUUCUGCAGAGUACUGUUGCAGUACCAGCUAGUCGUGCUGCAGCAUCAAAUUUCUGGGGCAAAUUAUGGAGCGACUCAGAACCGCAAAAUACGCCAAUAGUCAACGUGGACCUCGCUCUCCCCCUACCCCCCCUGACCGCGGAAGUGUUCGCCGAUACAAAUGGAUUGUCAAAUACAACACAAACCGAGAAAGCCCAACACACUUUUGUACCAAAAGAAGACAGGCCAGCGGAAGAUCAACGCACCGACUUGUUCGUAGUCAAACAGCUCGGUGGCCGAAAGCGAAAGCGCGGUGAUGCUGCGGAGGAGUCUACAUCUACACCAACUCUCGACCCCAUGGUGAAUGAUGAAAUCAUGCUUGACCAGCCCGACGAAGACUCGGAGGAGGCGACGCGUGCGCGGGAAAAGGCAGCACGCAAAGCAGCAAAGAAGGCUAAGAAGAAGGAAUUAGCUGCUGCUGCUGCUCUAGAUUAUGAUAAGCCGGCUUUUGACUACACUACUGCGCCGUCGGUGUUACAUGCCGAAGACAAUGAUGGCAAGGACAAGAAGAAGGACAAGAAGAAAAAGAAGAAGGGGUUCAACGCUUUCUCCGGUAUGACGGAUGCACCGAAGGGCUUGCCCAGGGCGCAGAAGGAGAUUGCAGGCCGCAGCAAGACUUUCACCAAGUGA